UGCCGCUGCUCUACUCCUUCGCGUCUUUGUGUCUCCCUCUUUCACUAGUCACUAGAAGCCUAUAAGGGCUCAAAGCUUUAUCAUGUUUGCGCCCGCUGCUACUUCCCCCACCACAGCUGCUGCUCGUCUUUUGCGUGCUUCCCUCUUCUCUCCUUCUUCUCAUUCCCAUUUCCUUCCACCUACUUCGGUUCGAUCCUCUUUGUGCUUCAGCUACCUUCCUAUCAAAGCCAUGGCUGACACUACCUCAGUUUCACAUCCAAUAACUGCUUCUGCUUCUUCUUCUGAUUCAGGUAGAAAGCAAGCAUUGAUAUCACUUUCUGACAAGAAGGAUCUUGCUUUUGUUGGGAAUGGACUUCAGGAAUUGGGGUACACUAUUGUGUCGACUGGAGGAACAGCUUCUGCAUUGGAGAGUGCUGGAGUGGCUGUUACUAAAGUCGAACAGCUGACCCAGUUUCCUGAGAUGCUUGAUGGUCGUGUCAAAACUUUGCACCCUAAUAUACAUGGAGGUAUCCUUGCUCGAAGAGAUCAAAAACAUCAUAUUGAAGCUCUCAACACUCAUGGAAUUGGUACUUUUGAUGUGGUUGUGGUGAACUUGUACCCAUUUUAUGAUAAAGUAACAUCAACUGGAGUAGAGUUUGAGGAUGGAAUUGAAAACAUUGACAUUGGUGGUCCAGCAAUGAUAAGGGCUGCUGCAAAGAAUCACAGGGAUGUUUUGGUUGUGGUUGAUUCACAAGACUACCCUGCAUUAUUGGAAUUUUUGAAGGGAAAUCAGGAUGAUCAAAUGUUCAGGUUAAAGCUUGCUUGGAAAGCUUUUGCACAUGUUUCUGCCUAUGACUCUGCAGUUUCUGAGUGGCUGUGGAAGCAGAGUGGGGGAGAUAAAUUUCCUCCUAGCUUGACUGUGCCUUUGUCGCUCAAAAGUUCUCUCCGGUAUGGUGAAAAUCCUCAUCAAAAAGCCGCAUUCUAUGUUGACAAAAGACUUUCUGAGGUUAAUGGUGGUGGAAUUGCUACUGCCAUACAACAUCAUGGAAAGGAGAUGUCAUAUAAUAACUAUUUGGAUGCCGAUGCUGCUUGGAACUGUGUGUGUGAGUUUAGGGAUCCCACAUGUGUAGUAGUGAAGCAUACUAAUCCUUGUGGGGUAGCAUCACGUAAUGAUAUUCUUGAAGCGUACAGACUAGCUGUUAAAGGUGAUCCAGUGAGUGCGUUUGGUGGAAUUGUAGCUUUCAACGUGGAAGUCGAUGAGGUUCUUGCCAAAGAAAUUCGUGAAUUUAGAAGCCCAACUGAUGGAGAGACAAGAAUGUUCUAUGAAAUUGUUGUUGCACCUGGCUACACAGAGGAGGGGCUUGAUGUUCUUCGCGGAAAGUCAAAGACUCUACGGAUUCUUGAAGCGAAAAAGAACGAAGCAGGAAAGCUUUCUCUCAGGCAGGUUGGAGGAGGGUGGUUAGUGCAGGAUUCAGAUGACUUGACCCCACAUGACAUCAAGUUCAGUGUAGUAUCUGAGAGGACUCCAGUGGAUGACGAGCUUCGUGAUGCAGAGUUUGCUUGGUUGUGCGUGAAGCAUGUCAAAAGCAAUGCAAUAGUGAUAGCUAAGAAUAAGUGCAUGUUAGGCAUGGGAAGCGGCCAGCCAAAUCGUUUGGAGAGCUUAAGAAUAGCUAUGAGGAAAGCUGGAGAUGAUGUUAAAGGAGCAGCUUUGGCUAGUGAUGCCUUCUUCCCAUUUGCUUGGAAGGAUGCAGUGGAAGAAGCAUGUGAAAGUGGGGUUGGUGUCAUUGCAGAACCAGGUGGGAGUAUUAGAGACAAGGAUGCUAUAGACUGUUGCAAUAAGUACGGUGUUUCACUAGUUUUCACCCAAGUGAGGCACUUCAGGCAUUAAUAUUUGGUUUUUGUUUUGGGAUAACUCUCUGUUUCUGUUGUUUCAAAAUGGGUUUUGGUGAAAGCAUUUUAACUGAAGCCCGGUUUUUGGCAUCAAAUGGUUGUAUGAGUAGAGUUUGUUGUACUAUCCAAGUUGAUGUAGAAAAGAAACACUUAUUUAGUUAUUUUACAUAAGAUGGAGCCUUCUACAAUGGACCAAGCUGAAUUAUAGACCAUGAUGGUCCAUGUGGCUCUUUACUAUAUAUUAAAUUACUCAUAAAUACAGCCCAGGCUGAAAGCCUUUGAAAUA